AUGCGGGAAGACGAGCCGCUCCUCUGCCCCGCGCCCAGUCCCGUCCGGAAACCCUCUCGCCUCAAGCGCACGCUGCGGACGCUCAGCUCGCCGUUCCGCUCCGGCUCGCCCUUCCACAUCGCGUCGCUCAAGCGAACUGGUUCCGCUAAAUCCUCAGUGUCCGACGGCGAGAUCGCACGCGACGAACGCACGAUGCGUAAGAAGAACAAGAAAAUACGCGCCGACGUGCCCGCGUCCACUUCCCGCAGCAGCGAUAGCUCGCCGGUCGUGAAGAAAAAAGAAAGUAAAAAACUAAUUCACAUCGGAUCGACUCGCUCCGAGAGCGCCGAUCUAUCGCGUUCCGAAACCGAACCCGAACCGCAAACCUCAAAUAUUGUCGCGCAAAUCACAACAAACUAUGAACGCUUUCCCGAAACGCCGACGGAGCCAAUCCUACCCAACGACGAGCAGUCGUUCGAGGCCCUGUUGGAACAAAUUACGCAGAGCAAAGAACAAUCGUCCGGGGCCCCGAAGGAGAAAACGCUAGAAAAUAACGACGAAUCUUUUGAAACUUUAAUGAAGGAAAUUACACAAAAUAAUGAAGAAUUAUCCGAAACUCAAGUCGAACAGAUAAUACACAAUAUUGAACCGCCGUCGUCCACUGAAAUGGAACCGGACCCUGAACCGGAGGAUAUCAAGCGUUCUUCCGAAAUCGAGUUGCAGGUCGAAUUACCGGAAAACGUGACACCAGAGCAGAUAUUCAGCCCCAUCGCAGUGGAACAUCCGGUGGCGACUCGGGCGUUCACGAAAGCCGCUUGGAAGAAACGCGCGCAAGUGACCGAAAUUCAGAAGCCGAUCGAGGAACCCAGCCCGGAGGGAACGAUGAAGCGGCGCAUCGCGUUCGUGUCGCAGUUCUCGAUGUACCAGACGGAAGACCACGACGAUGACGACGACGACGAAGAGGGGAACACGCACGAGGUGGGGUCGCUGGAGGAAGCGGUGGCGCUGGCCCGCGAGCGGCUGGCCGGCGCGUCCCCGCCGCAUUCGCGCGACAACGUCGAAGCCGAAGAGAAGGGAUACGCGGACGCGAGCAUGCCGGCGUACGGAGACCUCAUCGAGCCCGAGAACAAGGCUGGGAGCGACGGACCGGUGAGUGUUUGCGCUCGACUCGAACCGCGAAUCGCGUCAGUGGGUGAAGGCGUAUCGUGCGAUGCGCGCGCGCCAUGA